AUGAGUGCCUCCAGGCCGGACCACCGGCGCCACCACCCGCCGUUCCUGCGGGACCUCUCGUCCCCGAUCUCCUCGUCGUUCCGCCUCCCACCCGCCUCGAUGCGGCGCGAGACGCAGGCCUCCACCCCGCCACCGCCUCCGCCGCUGCUCUCCCUCGACGACCUCUCCCACCUCUCCCCCUCCCCGCAGCCGGCCACGCCUCCGCAGGCGACUGCGACCCCCUCGCCUCAGCCCCCGCGUGGCGCCAACCUCUUCUCCUCGCCAAUGCGGUCCAACGGUUCCCCGGCCCCCUCGGCGUGGUGGACCCCCUCGAGGGAGGAGAAGCCCAGGGAGGGGUCACCGAUGGAUGGCGUCGUGCAGCACCAACAGCAGUCCCCGACGACGCCGUCGGGUCAGCAGUCACAGCAGCAGAAGGUAGCGCUGAUCACGCUGCCGCCUCCCAGGGAGGUGGCGCGGCCGGAGAUGCCGAGAGAUUCGGCUCCUGCUGCUGGCCGUGUCGACGAGGAGGAGUGGGUCACCGUUUUCGGAUUUUCGCCUGGUGAUACUAACAUGGUGCUACGAGAAUUUGAGAAGUGCGGGAUAGUCUUGAGACAUGUUCCUGGUCCAAGGGACGCGAACUGGGUGCAUAUCUUGUAUCAGAGCCGGCAUGAUGCACAAAAAGCACUCGCCAAACAUGGGCAGCAGUUAAACAGUGUUCUUAUUAUUGGUGUGAAGCCAGUGGAUCCAUGGCAGCGGCAGUACCUGAAUGAGAACACCAACGAGAACUAUCAGGGCAGUGCUACAGUCACAUUUACAUCGCAACUUGUAGCACCAAGUGGAUUUGCAACCAGGAAUGCACUAGCACCUUUACCUAGCAACUCUGUGCCAAAUGGCAGCUGCAAUGAGAGCAAUCGCGGCGCGUCUGGGGCCAUUGCUUCGCCUACAAAAUCUGUCUUGUCCAAAGUUAUGGACUUGAUGUUUGGCCUUUAA